UCAGAGGCACACAUACACACACAGAGGGGGGGGAGACAGACCGUGUGUGUCUCUGAGGGAGCGAAGCUCCGCCCCUUUCCCCUCAGCCUGUUCUCACACAGCGGCUGUGGCGGUUGGAGCGGCGGCGGCGGCGGCGGUUGUUCGCGCGCUCCCUCUCUUUCCUCUCACGGGUCACAGGGGUGGCGGUCCGGUCUCUGGGCCCCAUCUUCUCCCCUCUUUUCCUUCCUUCCUUCCCUCCUUUCAUUCUCCUCCUCCUCCUCCGCCGCCGCUUCCUUCCUUCCUUCCCCCCCUCACGGACCAGCAACAUGGCGGCGGUGUCGGGGGCAGCCGUGGGCAGCGGUGCCAACCCGGCCGGGGCCCCCGAGAUGGUGCGAGGGCAGGUCUUCGACGUGGGGCCGCGUUACACCAACCUCUCUUACAUCGGGGAAGGCGCCUAUGGGAUGGUCUGUUCUGCAUAUGACAACGUGAACAAAGUUCGAGUGGCAAUAAAGAAAAUCAGCCCUUUUGAACACCAAACAUACUGCCAGAGAACAUUGAGGGAGAUCAAGAUCCUACUACGCUUCAAGCAUGAAAAUAUUAUUGGGAUCAAUGACAUUAUCAGAGCUCCAACAAUUGAACAGAUGAAAGAUGUAUACAUUGUGCAAGAUCUUAUGGAGACUGACCUCUACAAGCUCUUGAAAACUCAGCAUCUCAGCAAUGAUCACAUCUGUUAUUUCCUUUACCAGAUCUUGAGAGGGCUAAAAUAUAUCCAUUCAGCCAAUGUACUGCAUCGUGACCUCAAACCUUCCAAUUUGCUGCUCAACACUACUUGUGAUCUCAAGAUCUGUGACUUUGGAUUGGCUCGUGUGGCAGAUCCAGAUCAUGAUCACACUGGUUUCCUUACAGAAUAUGUAGCCACACGUUGGUACAGAGCUCCAGAAAUCAUGUUGAAUUCAAAGGGUUAUACAAAAUCGAUUGAUAUCUGGUCUGUAGGCUGUAUUUUAGCAGAGAUGCUCUCAAACAGACCCAUAUUUCCAGGAAAACAUUAUCUUGAUCAGCUGAACCAUAUCCUUGGUAUACUUGGAUCUCCUUCUCAAGAAGACUUGAACUGUAUAAUCAAUCUGAAAGCUAGGAAUUAUUUGCUUUCUCUACCGUACAAAAACAAGGUGCCAUGGAACCGGCUGUUUCCAAAUGCUGACCCCAAAGCUCUCGAUUUGCUGGAUAGAAUGUUGACUUUCAACCCUCAUAAAAGAAUUGAAGUGGAAGAAGCUUUGGCCCAUCCGUAUCUAGAGCAGUAUUAUGAUCCAAGUGAUGAGCCUGUAGCAGAAGCACCGUUCAAAUUUGAGAUGGAGCUGGAUGACUUGCCAAAGGAAAAACUGAAAGAGCUGAUUUUUGAGGAAACAGCCAGAUUCCAGCCAGGAUACAGAUGCUAAAUGACAUAUGGGAGAAAGGAGUUAAAGGGCUGGGCAUACUCCACAUAGAUGUUCUCUUCCUGAUUCCUUGUCCAUGGUCAUACCUUGUGGCCUAUUUCACCUUCUCCACUAACCACUUCAAGCCAUUCAGGAGGGCCAUCCUUGGUAGCCCUGGCUUCUAUGCUUUUAAGAGUCUUUAUUUAUGCCUGAAAAAUUGUUACUGAUAUUUCUGUAUGUAAUAUCUGACUGACCUUUUUGCAGUACUAUCUUUCCAUACGCACCUGCUGCUGACGAUGUUUAACUGCUUCCCUUUCUGAUUUGAAAGAUGGAGUGUUUCAUUUCCAAUCUUAACCAAGAUGAUGACAGACCAAGAUGUUUACACUACAACUUUUAUUUUCUAAACUUUAUUAGUGACAUUUUUUAUUUUAAUUUUUUUUCCCAAGGAAAAGGCUACAUUUUAGGGCACUUUAUGUUAGUGGCGUCCUCUGCUUUUUUGCACUUCUUUAAGCAGGCCAUGGUUUACUAACAUAUGCUGACACACAGCGCAGGCGGGCAGAUUGACACCAUGAAUCUUGUUUGUGCACUUGUUUUGUACAUACAAGUGAAUGCAGCACAUUUUAGUAGAGUGUCUUCAAAUCUUUUUUUUUUGUUAACUAAACCAUGAAAAGAAACAUUCUCUUGCCCCUUUAAGAGGUACUUGUGCAAUUUUAAAUCAUAAAGGUACUCCUUAUUCCUCUGCUGUCUUAUUUGAAAAAUAUGUGGUGCUGUUUCUACAUAUCUUCACCCAGAAGUAAAUCCCUUUGAAUUUAGUUGGAUUUUUCCCCCCUCUGUUUCCUUCGAGCUAGCUGGAUAGCUCAGUGAGUGAGGUAUGGUUGGGAGUUCAGUUU